AUGGCGAAGCGGGUCCUUCGUGGUGGUGUCCAAGAUAAUGCAGUACUCAAAUUUCUUGAGGACUGUGUGCAAUUUGCAUUAUCUCAAGGGUUGAGUAAAGGAGAGGAUCAAGAGAUGCGGCGCAAUCAGUGCGCACUCAGGCUGUGCGAUAUGGUGUUGCUCUUAGAAGACCACUCUCUCAAACAAUACCUUACAGACAACAACGACGGAAACGAAGCUGUAAUGGUUGGAACAAUGAGCGACACUAUACCUGCCAUUGCAGCAGCUUUGGGGGACACUGACAUAUUAUUGAAACAUGUCACUGUUUCCUCAAAUAUUUUUUCACCAUCGUGUGGGCUAUUGCCAAACGCCCUGAACGCUGCCGUGGUCUUCGAUUCUUCCCAGACACUUCGUGUCAUGCUCAACUAUCUGCAGGAUAAUCCAAGCGUAACACAAGCUUCAGGUCCAGACCAUGGAACGUCAAAUGCUAAUUACGCACUUGGGAAUGCGCUUCGACUGGCAAUUCGCAAGGAGAAGAUCGAAGCUAGGAACAUGAUUCUCAACUUCAUCGACAGUUCCGAAAAGCUCUUGCGGUCAACGUCGCAUUAUAUCGUGGAUGAGUCUAUCAAGAAGCAUCUGAAAGAGGGUACCCCUAAAUCGCUGUUCGAUGUCCUCUGCGAAAAGUCCGAUAUAUAUUCCAGCAGCAAAACACUUCGCAAAUCAAAGACGUUUCUUAUCCAUGGUACCGACUAUCUGGCUCUCUACAAAUUCGGCAGGGGAAGAAUUUUCGCAUAUUUACUCGAAAACAACAUAAUUCAUUCAAAUGCCCACCCUGCUGGAUUGUCGUUGAGGGGAUCAACUUCUCUCAGACUAGCUCUGAUCUACAGACGCUAUGAUCUCGCUCUUAUCUUGCUUGCAAACGGCGCGGAUAUCGAUGGCAGGUCGAAAACUGGCGACAUGAACACAGCACUGACCUACGCCACUGAAUGCGGGCAUGUCAGGGAUGUUGAAUUCCUUCUUUCGAAUGGGGCUUCUGUGCAUGGAAGGGGAAAGGAUAUGUACACCGUGUAUGAGAUUGCAGAAGAGCGUGGCUGGUACAAGUGCAAGCGGCUGAUACUGCAUCAUUAA